CUAGCAUCAACAUCUACUGCUCAGCAUUAUACAUCCCCUAACUCGCUAGAGUUUCCCCUCUAACUGCUCCCAGGUACCACCCAAAUCCGAAAUAAGCCAAAGCGUGAUUUCAAUAUUCGCAUUAAUAUCGCCAUCACAUCUGAAGUGGACUACGCCCGCGGCUGUUUGCCGUAGAAAUAUUGCGAGCCGUACGUGUCCUGCGGCUAUCCCACUAUUAUUUAAGGGCCAACCACUUCGCUUAUUUCUCACUCAUCAUCAUUUUCCACAUGCCAUCUUCUGCUACGACAUCGUUUUGCCUCCUUGCCGUAUUGGUAGCCGCCGUUGCGUUGGCACAAGACGAUUCGAGUGUCGAGAAACGAGCGAUGCGUAACGCAUUGGUGCGCUUCGGCCGUGCUGGAGGCGGCAUGCGGAAUGCGCUGGUCAGAUUUGGGAAAAGAUCCGCAGUCGAUGACGACUAUGAGUCUAUGCAGGACAAACGAAAUGGAGCUCCACAACCGUUCGUUCGAUUCGGCCGAUCAGGACAACUAGACCAUAUGCACGAUAUCCUAUCCACGCUACAAAAACUCGAAAUGGCAAACUACUACUAAAAACAUAGACAUAUACAUCAUCCACCUGCACUACCAUCGCACUUUAAAAGAUAAAUUCUAAUAUGUGUAUGUUUGUUUGUGUUUUGCCAUCCGAAUGAUCUCUGUCAUGCAUUUCCUUGUCGUCGAAAUCUAUUAAUUCGGCAGCAAUUCGACACCCAUCGUCAUCUCAGAAAACGAGUUCUGCAUCCGGUCUCAACAGUUCUUUUAAAGUGAUGCGCUGCUAUUGGGUCUAUUGUUAUAUGCCAUAGCCG